AUGAGCACCCAAAAAUUAUUUAAUACACAAUUAUUGUCAAGCUCCACCAAUAAUAAUAACAACAAUAUGAAUACAAAUAUGGAAACUACUAGUAAUACCACUAUUACAACUACUAAUUAUCCAAAUGAUAUUUUUCAAUACACUGAAGAAGUUUCUUGGUACUCAAAUGAUGUUGAAAUGCAAGAUGCAACAAAUCUUCAAAGUACCCCACCACCUCCAAUUCUUAAUAACAAAGUUAAUAAAAAACCAAUGAAAAUUGUUUCUCCAACCGAUAAUUUAUUCUCACCAUGUACAAAAAAAUUACAGGAACUCAAAUCAAAAAAUUAUAAAAGGUUUGUUAUUCAUUCAUUAACAUGCUAA